UGCCAUUUUGCGUGAGCCCUUUAAGUUCGGGGGGUUGGUGCUCCCGCGCGACGUUUCGCUUUUGUCUUUUCUUCCCUUCCCCGCCCUUCCUUACCGUCGUCUGCUUUACUUGCAGACGGUUGAUCACCCCAGGCGGAAACCAUUCCAAGAUGAUGCAAUCACUGUUCGAAGCUUCGAAAAACAGCCCGUUCUUGAGCCCGAUGUCGGCCAAGUGCGAAGGCAACCAGCUCGUCAAGGGGCGGAAUAUUUCUGCCGCCUCUGUCGCCGAAGGAGACAGCUGCGAGUUUGGUUCCAACAAAUACUUUGCACUAUGCGCUCUUGGUGGUAUUCUGUCAUGUGGUAUCACUCACACAAUGAUUGUGCCACUUGACUUGGUGAAAUGCCGUUUGCAAGUCGACCCAGCCAAAUACAAAUCAGUUUUUAAUGGAUUUAAGGUAACUCUGGCAGAAGAUGGAACACGUGGUCUGGGUAAGGGCUGGGCCCCCACUUUUAUUGGAUACUCCCUGCAGGGUAUGUGCAAGUUUGGGCUUUAUGAAUACUUCAAGGUGUUGUAUUCCAAUGCCAUUGGAGAGGAAAACUCUUACACAUACAGAACAGUGCUGUACCUUGGAGCUUCAGCCUCCGCCGAAUUCUUUGCUGAUAUCGCUCUCAGCCCAUGGGAAGCUUGCAAGGUGCGCAUCCAGACAAUGCCUGGUUUCUCCAACACACUCCGAGGAGCCAUCCCCAUCAUCAUGCAGGGUGAAGGUCUCAACGGUUUCUACAAGGGUCUGGUUCCCCUGUGGAUGAGGCAGAUCCCUUACACCAUGAUGAAGUUUGCCUGCUUUGAGAAGACUAUUGAGUUGCUUUAUGCUUAUGUUGUACCCAAGCCACGUGCUGAAUGCACAAAGGGAGAGCAGUUGAUUGUCACCUUUGCUGCUGGUUACAUUGCUGGUGUGUUCUGCGCCAUUGUAUCUCACCCUGCCGACACUGUUGUGUCAGUUCUCAACAAGGACAAAUCAUCCACUGCCAUGGAGGUUGCCAAGAAACUGGGAUGGGCAGGAAUGUGGAAGGGUCUCAUUCCCAGGAUUGUCAUGAUUGGUACCCUGACCGCUGCCCAGUGGUUCAUCUACGACGCUGUUAAAGUGUACCUCCGCAUGCCCCGACCACCUCCACCAGAAAUGCCCGAAUCAAUGAAGAAACGCCUGGGUCUCACUCAGUAAUACAAUCUCAUCAUCCGUCUCUCUCUUUGUAGAAUAAAUUCCAUUGAUGCAACGUUAGUAGUGUUCCUCAAAGAAUGACAAGCCACUUUCAACUUUCCAUCCUGCCCUUUUUAAUGUCAGAGUUGCUCAAAGAUCAUUUGCAAUGUUACUUACUGUUGACUGCUUAAUAUUUUAAACAUCUAAAAUUUAUUGAGUGAAUGAAUGUUCAUUGAGAGAAAGUUUAAACAGAUUUAACAGUUAUUUAGCUAAUAAGGUGUCUCAAAUUUAUUAUUAAUUUAACUUUACUUGAACUUCAUUUCACUUUGUGCCAAUCUAGUCAUUGUCUACAUCCUUCUUACUAGAAUUAAUUUCAUUCAGUAUUAAUUUCAAGGGAAAAUGUUCUAGUCAGAAUAAGUUUUGUUGUACAAAUGGUGCCAAAGGACUUGAUGUUAAUAACUUAAUUUAUAAACAAAAAAUUGUUUCUCUCUGCAUCAAAUUUUAUUUAUAUUUUUUUAAUGACAGCCCUAUAGUUAACCCCAUAUUUUAUAUCAACGACGAAUCCAUUUAAACCAGCUGUUUUGACAGUGGUCUUUACUUGUAGUAGUACUCUCACUCUUCAUUUUUAGAAGAUGUUGAAGAGUAAGCUCAUAAAAUUUUUACUGAUGCAGCAGGUCUGUUCAAGUAUGUUUUAUAUGGAAUAUUUUUACUGUUGACCUAUGGAUUGUUCUGUUUAAAUUGGUUGUUGCUGCAAUGCUCCAGGACUGUUGAGAGUAACUGGAAAUGAAGUCGGUUCAAGUAAA